CAGCCCCUAACACCUGCACAGCCACCAGCGCACAGCGCCCCCAUCCUCCUCGCCAGGUACCGACCAGGCCAGGCUCCGUCUGCCUCCGGAGGUCACGGUCCGGGAACUAGCCGGGCUCGGCCGACAGGGGAGGGGCUGAGCCUGGGCCAGAGCUGCAGCCGGGAGCCCGUGCAGCCUGAUUAUCACAUGACUCGACGGCGGUAGCGGUAGCAGCUUGAGCGGCUGGUCCGCGCGGGCUCGCCGGGUGGGCUCAGUUCCGCGCACGCAGGAGGAGCGGGGCGCAAGGGGGCGGGGAAGGGACCCGCCGCAGCCGCCGCCCGCCAGCCGCUCUCGGGGGCUCUCGCUUGUCCCUCCCUAGCCGCCCGCCCGCUCCAUGUCGCCCGGUUGCGGAAGUGUCGCCGGGAGAGGUGGUGGCGGCAGCAAGGAGCACGGGAAGCCGGGGCUCGGCCCCCUGCAGCACUGAGCUCCGGGAGCCGCGCGCUCCGAGCGGCCCGGCUAGCCGUGCGCCCCGCGCCCUCCGCAGCCUGCAUGCCCCGCGCUGCGCCUCUGCCGGCCGCCGCCUCCUGCUCGCCCAGCGGCUGCCCGGCGCCGGAGUAAUAUGCUCACUCGCGUGAAAUCUGCCGUGGCCAAUUUCAUGGGCGGCAUCAUGGCUGGCAGCUCCGGCUCCGAGCACGGCGGUAGCGGCUACGGAGGCUCGGACUUGCCCCUGCGCUUCCCGUACGGCCGGCCGGAGUUCCUCGGGCUGUCUCAGGAUGAAGUGGAGUGCAGCGCGGACCACAUCGCCCGCCCCAUCCUCAUCCUCAAGGAGACCCGGAGGCUGCCCUGGGCCACCGGCUACGCAGAGGUUAUCAAUGCCGGGAAGAGCACGCACAAUGAAGACCAAGCCAGCUGUGAGGUGUUCACGGUGAAGAAGAAAGCCGGGGCCGUGACGUCCACCCCAAACAGAAACUCGAAGCGAAGGUCGUCCCUUCCCAACGGGGAAGGAUUGCAGUUGAAGGAGAACUCUGAGUCCGAGGGCAUCUCCUGCCACUACUGGUCCCUGUUCGACGGCCACGCGGGCUCGGGGGCUGCUGUGGUGGCAUCUCGGCUGCUGCAGCACCAUAUCACACAGCAGCUGCAGGACAUCGCGGAGAUCCUGAAGAACUCCGCCAUCCUUCCCCCGACCUGCCUAGGGGAGGAGCCCGAGAGCACACCGGCCCAUGGCAGGACCCUAACCCGCGCAGCCUCGCUGCGUGGAGGUGUGGGGGCCCCCGGGUCCCCCAGCACACCACCCACGCGCUUCUUCACCGAAAAGAAGAUCCCGCAUGAGUGUUUGGUCAUUGGGGCCCUGGAGAGCGCCUUCAAGGAAAUGGACCUUCAGAUAGAACGGGAAAGGAGUACCUAUAACAUAUCGGGCGGCUGCACAGCCCUCAUCGUAGUCUGCCUCUUGGGGAAGCUGUAUGUGGCAAACGCUGGGGACAGCAGGGCCAUAAUCGUCAGAAAUGGAGAAAUCAUUCCCAUGUCUUCGGAAUUCACCCCUGAGACCGAGCGCCAGCGACUUCAGUACCUGGCGUUCAUGCAGCCUCACUUGCUGGGAAAUGAGUUCACACAUUUGGAGUUUCCAAGGAGAGUGCAGAGGAAAGAACUGGGGAAGAAGAUGCUCUACAGAGACUUUAAUAUGACAGGCUGGGCAUACAAAACCAUUGAGGAUGAAGACUUGAAGUUUCCCCUUAUAUAUGGAGAAGGCAAGAAGGCCCGGGUAAUGGCGACUAUUGGAGUGACCAGGGGACUUGGGGACCAUGACCUGAAGGUUCAUGACUCCAACAUCUACAUAAAACCAUUCCUGUCUUCAGCUCCAGAGGUAAGAGUCUAUGAUCUCUCCCAGUAUGAGCAUGGAGCAGAUGACGUGCUGAUCUUGGCUACUGACGGACUCUGGGAUGUUUUAUCAAACGAAGAAGUAGCAGAAGCAAUCACUCAGUUUCUUCCUAACUGUGAUCCAGAUGACCCUCACAGGUACACGCUGGCAGCUCAGGACUUGGUGAUGCGUGCCCGGGGCGUCCUGAAGGACAGAGGAUGGCGGAUAGCAGAUGACCGGCUGGGCUCAGGAGACGACAUUUCUGUCUACGUUAUUCCUUUAAUACAUGGGAACAAACUGUCGUGAAAGUGACCUAGGGGACUGGGAGGACAGAAGGGGAGAAAGCUGGGUUGCCUCUACGCAGGGCCGGAACUGGGGAGUGCCUGGGCUGGAUUCCAGGUGAUGCAAUUUCUUCCCAGCCCAGAUGGGGAAUUUGCAGCCCAAAGGCCUCUCUGGCUUUGCUUCAAGAUGACUCUUGAGUUUCCGUUUCUUCUUUAGUCCCAGGUCUGGACACUGAAUAAGAGCAAGACACACAGCCUGCUACUGGGUGUUACGUUUCUCUCGGUCUCUAUUGUAGGGUUCCUAGGUGGCUAUUGCCUAUUUGGGGCACAGGCAUACACAUUUAUUUAUUUGAUCUAGAAUAGCAGGGACAGCCAUUUCAGGUGUAACCGGCAGGAGACUCCUCAGCCUGUCAAGCUGCCGGAUUCUCUCCAGGUGAAGAGCCCCAUUGAAAAGUGAAGGACCAUGCCUCAGAAAGUGUGAGCACCCAUCUUGUCGAAAGCUCCGGCUGUUUCAGGGAUUCUGCCUUGCUCUGUCUCAUCCCUUCCCCCACUUCCUGUCUCCCUCUAGAUUCUUUUGUGGUAAUGGGGUGAGGCAGGGAUUUUUUUUUUUUUUUUUUUUUUUUCCUUUUUGACAUUCCUUGAAUCUUUCUCAUUUCUGUUCACUGGGACUUUCCAAAAUGUUGCUGGGCAGUUUCCAUUAUCAGAGACCAGCCCGAUCUGGCUUGUCCCACAUUCUGUGUCCCACACACGUGUGUAGUGGUCCAGAGCAAUGCACCGUGUGGGAGUUAGUCUUUGUUGUAUAACAUUUUUACCCCUGAGUUCUGUUUCCUCACCAAGUCAACGUGUGCUUCAAAAUGUGGGUGUUUCCUCGGACCCACAGUCCCCCUGUCAUCUGCCAGUCUCGAGAUUUUGCUGUGAGAGGUUGGUUUUUCACUUCUGGACUGUGUAGGUGCUCGCCUACCUUCUGUGUCCUGGAGACGCAUAGGAAGCAGCAUCUAAUACAGUAGCUGAGGAAUCCUUCUGUCCGUCAGUCAGCCAUACUUCAUUAGGGGAGAGUGUGGGAUUCAGGCUUCCUAGGUCGUUGACUCUUCUCCACUCCACAGGAAGUGUGAGAGUCACAGGUCUGUUAGCUGCCUCUCCUCUCUUCCUGCCGUCUCCAUUCAAGGGUAGAUGGAAUGACUCCUGAGUAUAAAAGUGAAUUUGAACUGGGGCUGGUCGUUCCCAUGCUGCCCACCCUCUUCUUCAAAGGAAUCAUGAUGUAGAAACCUAAGAGCUGAGCCCCACUUCCCCACUGUGCAUCCGCCUCCACCGCUGGGCAUUGCCUCACAGGCAUAGCAAAAGCACACGCAUGGGUGUCCUGUCUGCCUCCUGCUUCCUUGCUGGGAGGAACAGCAAAGUCCAGCUUAAGAACCACCUGCCUCUUGAGCAGACUGCUGCUCUGCCCAGGGGCCCUCAGAUCAACAUCUGAUUGCUUAGUCCUGUUCCUCUGGUCUUCCAAGUAUCAUCAACUUGGUAUGAUUCAGACACUCUUCCAACCCAGCAAAGAAAAAACAAACAAAAAAACAAAAAAAUGGUGUAAUUCCCCCAAAACACACAAGAGGCGACUCCAGCUCUUGUGUUUAAGAUAAUUUUUUUCUUCCCAGAGGAGGGCAGAGGAGCAUAUCCCCCAGGCUAAUAAGUCAUCCACAUUCCUAGAGUUGUAGAUAAUUUCUUAGGAAAGGCCUGGUGCCUUCCUCCUCAGGAACAAAGUCACCCCACUGUGUAGAACCAGUACCCAGUCCGGCAGGGGACAUACUGUGUGUGUGUGCCAACUUGUUGCCUGAGAACCGGGUUGCUGCCAUGUCAGGAGCAUCUUCAUCCAGCUGUGCACCCUCCUCCUUCAGGAAGUCUUCACCACCCCAGACAUGGCCGUAGGGAAUGGUUUGUGGCAACCAUUUGCUUCUCUGGAAGAAUGUCAUGCUGUGGGAGACUGCUCAGGCGUGUUCCAGCAGCAUGGCCCUCUUCCCACAUCUGCCCAGUUCUCAAAGUCAUGUGCAGACAGGAAACGAGAAAGUCUUGGAAGUCCCUGGAGACCUGAGCCACUGUCUUUGGGAGCAUUGCCAUAUUCUCAAUGCCUUUCAUAUUUUGCUUCUCAGUACUCCUCUCUGGGUCUCACCUUGACCUUCCCCAGUCAUAGGGCCACUAGAGUCCGCAUUGGAGUGUAAAUAUCUUAUAUGGUGUGUGACAACAUUCUCCCAGUUCGUUUACUGCCAAGGCACAUCUCAGGACAACAGAGCAGAAGCAAAGCCUGGAAAACCCAAAUUCAAAUUAUCCUAAAACCCAAGGUCCUUCUGGUUUUAGUUGGAAACGUAUCUAGGAAUUCUCUUCAGGAGACCCUGUGGGUGGAAGGGUUUUAGUCGAUGGCCAAACCCCGUUUGUGUUGUGGGAUUGUGAAGACGAAAAAAUGAGGUGUGUAGAUCAACCGUGAGGAGAGGGAUUUGUUCCCGUCCAUGGCAGACCUACCCAGCACUGAUACUGCUCUGUGCAUUGGGCUUGCUCACUGUUCACCCAGGCUCCAAGUCACCCUGUCCCAGAACAGUAACGUCUGUGUCACAGGUUGGUCCUUGGAGCAUUUCUGGAAAGGUCAAAAGACAACACACUCAGACGUCUGCAAAAUGUCUUUCUGUGUGUUUAGGAACUAUGUCUGACUGACUUACAGCCGGACCUGCUUGCCUCCGAGGAAGCCUUGUGUAAUGAAAAGCAUUUGAUUUCCCAGUCAAGGCUUUACGGGUGUCUUGGGGGUUGUGUGGCUACUUCCUUUAAUGAAAGGCUCUUUCAGCCCUAAAUCUCUUGGCUCAGCCUGCCCCUGCUCUCUGGCUCGUGGUAUACCUCCCUAAAGAGUGUGAACUCUGAAACCCUUUACUAGGUGGUAACUAAAGCUUUGUCUUUCUUAACACCAAAUGUCAGCAGCCAAAGACUCAGAAGGGGCCUGCUGGGGUUGUGUACUCAACAAUUGUCCCUGUGGCAGAGAGCGGUGGCAAUUGAGCUGGGCCAAACAUGCAGCUGUCUAACCAGAACAAGCCCGAGAAGCCUGUGUUUCAGUUAUUUUCCACAGUAUUCCACGUUGGAGGAUUUGGAGUGUCGGAUUUUUUAAAUUCCUAACGUCUUACCUCCAUGGGGCUACAUGGAGCCAGCUGCGUCUUCCCACCAUGCUUCUCUGAAAGUCCCUUUCUUGAGAGGAAUUAUACCCAUGGAUGGAUAUCGGUGGGCAGGCGUGGGAGCCCCUGGAGCCAAAAGUCCUCCAGGCCUUAGCCGUUUGGAUGGGGAAUUCAGUAUCCCAAGACUGCUCGCUAGUUUAGAAUCCCUUUGGGAAGGUGUCUUUUAAAAUGCUGACCCUUCUUUUGUGCUCUCCCUCCCUGGCCUCCUUCCUCAUCAGCCCCUCUGCUGUGUUUGCAAAGGAACAAGUGGGGGUGGGGGGUGUUGCUCUUGGGUGUACUAGUUUGAAGGUGUCACCCCCUCCCUUCGGUGAGCCAGGAUCUCUGACGUCUUCAGAGUGUCUCUGUUGUACCAUGGUGAGCUUCUAAUUUCAGUGAGUUGUUACUCCUGGGCCAGCGGGAGACAGCAUUGUAAUUGUCUAUGCAAAGGAACAAAUCGCCUGACCCUCAGGCCUACCAGAUGGAAGAGUAGAGCAGCCUUUCGGCCACAGGACAGGAUUUUGUGUUCGGAGCUCAGAAUUGUGAGGGCCUGUAGACUGUAUAGCCCACCUCACUGAGCAAACCUUGGGUGCUAUGUGGCAAUGUGGCAUCUGUGUGUACACUGGAACUUUCAGGGGACGCUGUGUGAGCAGCCUGGCUGGCUUGCCUCUUCUGUGAGCCCUGUGGCCCCUUUGUGGAUGUGAACACCAUGGGGGGGGGGGGGGAUACUGCUCUCUCUAGUUCAUGAUGUUAUCUGUGUAAAUAGCUUUAAAUUUUCCUUUCUGUGUCUUAGGUGGAGUUGUGUUCAUGUAGCAACCAAGUAGGCCGUGACCAAAUAAGGCUGUAUCUGUACUGUCGUUUUUCAGCUGGGAUGUGCUGAAGAUGGAGACCCUGUGUCCUCCCCCCCUCCCCUCAUUCGAUGAGUAUUUCGUGUGUGUUUAGGGGGUCCCAUUCCUGUUUUGCCUCUAAUUUUCUUUGUUUCUUUGGUAAACCCAGGGAGGCCCCUAGUAAGAAUCAUUUGUAAGAAUAUGUAUGUCAUAGUCUGGGUUUCCAAAACUACUCCACAUACAGUGACUGGAGAGGAAUCUGCCUGGAAAUGGUCUCAGACUCCUGUACCUUUCUGCUUCGUGAUUGUGAAACAUUGACUUUUGUAAACCCCCCAAACGAGAACUGUUUAAAGGGAUCUAUUUUGUGUGUUUUGAACCUUAGGUGCAGUGUCCCCUGGAAAAAGCCCAAGAACUGUAUAUGCUCAAUGACGUUUUAAAUAAAAUGCUAUAUAUGUA